CAGAACAGCCCCUCGAGCCCUCAGGCUGCUGCAAACGUUCCAGCUGGAUGAAGACCAACCACCCUGGAACCUUGGGCCAGGCCCAGGAGAGAAGCAGCGAGGACCGCAGCACCACCUAAAACACCCCCCUCUGAACAUCUACCUCGUCUUCCCCCGUGCGACCAUGUCCCCGCGGCCUACUGUAUACCCCUUCUCUGUGCUCAGUGCCCUCCGGGCUUCUUCUCGGAUGAGCAAAUGCGACGAGUGAAGUGAGCAAAGAAGAGCAAGCGUCCCCGCACUCAGCCGGGGUAAAGCAGGGACGCGUGUGCCCUGAGGAUCCUGUUCCCGCUGUCUGCGUGCAGUACCGGUACUUGGGACCUUUCAGAAGUUUCCGAUGCUUGGCCGCUUUGACUGGAGCCCAGGAAACAAGCAGAGACGCCGUCCACGCGGGAGGCAGGACCCGGAUCCUCUGAUGCCAAGGCCCAACGCCACUGCUGUGACGGAGUUUACUUUCGAAGGCUUUUCCGCUUUGGGGUGGCAGCGUAGACUCCUCCUCUUCGUGGUCUUUCUGGCCUUGCACCUGGUGACCCUUGCCAGCAAUGCCCUCAUCCUGGCAGCUGUUCGCCUGAGCCGUCACCUCCACACCCCCAUGUACUUCCUCCUGAGCGCGCUGUCCCUCUCUGAGACCUGCUACAGCGUGGCCAUCGUCCCCCGCAUGCUCUCCGGUCUCCUGAGCCCCCGGGAGGCCGUCUCCGUUGCGGGCUGUGCCACUCAGCUCUUCUUCUAUCUCACCUUUGGCGUCACCAACUGCUUCCUGCUCACAGCCAUGGGCUACGACCGCUAUGUGGCCAUCUGCGACCCCCUGCGGUACGCGGUCGUCAUGGGCCAAAGGACCUGUGUGCACCUAGUGGGUGGCUCCUGGAGCAUGGGCCUGAGCACGGCCAUCAUCCAGGUGUCUUCCGUGUUCAGCCUGCCCUUCUGUGACGCCAGCGUCAUCUCCCAUUUCUUCUGCGACAUCCGGCCCCUCAUGAAGCUGGCCUGUGCCGACACCACCAUCAAAGAGCUUCUCACUUUGCUCAUCAGUCUGUGCGUGCUCGUCUUCCCCAUGGUCCUCAUCUUCAUCUCCUAUGUCCUGAUCGUCUCCACCAUCCUCAAGAUGGCAUCAGCUGAGGGCCAGAGGAAGGCUUUCGCCACCUGCGCCUCCCACCUCACCGUGGUCAUCGUCCACUAUGGCUGCACCUCCUUCAUCUACCUAAAACCCAAAUCGCAAAAUUCCCUGCAGGACAGACUCCUCUCCGUGACCUACACGGUCAUCACGCCCCUGCUGAACCCCGUGGUCUACAGCCUGAGGAACAAGGAGGUCAAGCAGGCCUUGCUCCGGGCUGUGGGCAGGAAGCCUCUCCCAUAGGUGCCCACCGGGCUCCGGGAG